UCUGCGAUCGGUUUUUAUACGGAGAGGUAGUCGUCAUGUCGGACGAGAAUUCUUUGGUUGAGAUUCCCCGCAGCGAGUGGACUAAGCUGCGCGAUAUGUAUGUCCAGAAUGAUACCGAUCCCCAAGGUUAUCCGUGCAUUAAUAAUUUCAUCAAGUGGGUGGAAAAAGAGCCAGAACUGAAAGCUAAGUUCUUAUCAUUGAACGGUGACUGGGAGAAAGAUGGAACCUUUGUGUUAACUGUGGACUUGGGAACUCAAUUUAAUCACAUUUAUUUCAACACUCUAAGCGAUAAUUUGGAACGUGCAACAAAAGCCCUAGAAUGCUUAAACUCAUUUGAGAAUAAGUACGUCUUUUUUGGAUUCUGUUCUCGCCUAAAACCUGUGGUUGAACAUAUUAGGCGGAAAUUUUACACCACUAAAGAACUACAGAUUGUGGAGACCUGUUGGUAUAGUGCCAGCAAAGAACUCAUAGAUACUUUUACUAUCGAGGUCCCUUCUGGCAUAACUCUAUUAAACUUGGCCCUCGAAGAUGCUGAAACCAUCAAUGAAAUCUGGCCGCAUCGUGGACCCGACUCUAUAAACUUUGUGAGAAGUUUAAUUAAAUAUAAUGUGUGUUUGGGGGCCUAUGAUGAUAGCGGAAAGUUGGUUGCCUGGUGUUUGAGAUUGCCUAUUGGAGGCUUGGGUCUGUUGCAAGUUUUGGAAUCACACAAACGUUUGGGCCUGGGCAGCUUACUGGUGAAAGCAAUGGCCAAAAAGAUUUCCGCACUAGGAGAUCAAGUUAUGGCACCAGUAGUUACCAAAAACAUUGCCUCGAGGAACAUGUUUGAGAAAAUUGGCUUUCGUUCUAUAGAUAUAACCUAUUGGGCUGAAUAAAAAUAAUGAACCAAAAAGGAAAAACAUCUAAUGGAGAAUAAAAACGGAUAUCUUUAAAUUAAACAAAGAAAUUAAAUAAACACUGUCAACGUGUUAAACGUGUAAAAAGUGAGAUCUAAUAUCAUAAGACAUCUAAAGGAGAAAAAACCAAUUACUCAAAAUUAAAUAAAUAUAUUCAAUAAACGCUGUGAACAUUA